ACUGAACCAGAGAGAAGAGAAAGAACAACGAAGAAGACGAAGAAUCCACUUCUUCAGAGAGAGAACAGAGAACAGAGCAUUCAAACUGUGAAUCACACACACAAAAUCAACGUUUCUCGAUUCCUGCAUCGCGAAUGCAGAGAGAUGAGAAAUUUCGGCUUGAAGAGGUUUGAAGUUGGUGGCGGCCAUGCCAACCGCAGAAUCGCCGGCAGAAAUUGCCACCGCAAACACGUCGAAGACGGGUGAUCCCGCCGCCGUAACCACCACCAACUCCUCCCUUCCCCCUAAUUUCUCUCUGUAAAAAAUUCCCAUACCCAAUUACCCAGUAAAUUGAAAACCAAACAAGCCCUAGUUACUACCAGUACCAGAGUUCACAAUCGAAACCCUAGAAUUUUAAUUUCUUUUUCAAUUGAUUGCGAUUUGCGAUGGCUGACAAAUCCAGUAGCAGUAACGAUGUGAGCUCCACAUUGCUCCAUGGCAAGUACGAGCUAGGCCGUCUUCUCGGCCAUGGAACAUUCGCGAAGGUGUACCACGCGCGGCACCUUGAGUCCGGCCGGAGCGUGGCGAUCAAGGUGGUGGGGAAGGAGAAGGUGAUCAGAGUCGGCAUGAUGGAGCAGAUCAAGCGAGAAAUCUCCGCCAUGAGCAUGGUCAAGCACCCCAACAUUGUCCAGCUUCACGAGGUCAUGGCCAGCAAAACCAAGAUCUACAUCGCCAUGGAGCUCGUUCGCGGCGGCGAGCUUUUCAACAAGAUCGCCAGAGGCCGCCUGAGAGAGGACGUCGCUAGGCUCUACUUCCAGCAGUUAAUCUCCGCCGUUGAUUUCUGCCACAGCCGCGGUGUCUACCACCGUGAUCUCAAACCGGAGAAUCUCCUGCUCGACGAGGACGGUAGCCUCAAGGUGACCGACUUCGGUCUCAGCACAUUCGCCGAGCACAUGCGCCAGGACGGGCUGCUCCACACCACAUGCGGAACUCCGGCCUACGUUGCGCCGGAGGUCAUCGGAAAAAAGGGCUAUGACGGCGCCACGGCUGAUAUCUGGUCCUGUGGGGUUAUCCUGUACGUGCUCUUAGCAGGGUUUCUACCCUUCCAGGACGAGAAUCUGAUGGCUAUGUACAAGAAGAUUUACAGGGGAGACUUCAAGUGCCCUCCAUGGUUCUCCCCUGAAGCUCGAAGGCUCAUCACCAAGCUUCUCGACCCGAAUCCGAGUACCCGAAUUACAAUCUCCAAGAUCAUGGAGUCUUCCUGGUUCAGAAAAUCGGCGAAGAGUGGUGCUGAGAUGAAGAAGCAUGAGCAGGAGCUGGAAUUUGAUUUACAGGAGAAAUUGAAGCUGCAGGAGCAGGAGCAAGUGCAGGAGCAACCCUCGACGAUGAAUGCCUUUCACAUAAUUUCGCUUUCAGAGGGGUUUGAUUUGUCGCCGCUGUUUGAGGAGAGGAAGAGGGAGGAGAAGGAAGAGAUGAGAUUCGCGACGACUAGGCCGGCAAGCAGUGUGAUUUCGAGGCUGGAGGAAGUGGCGAAGGCGGGGAAGUUUGAUGUGAAGAAGAGUGAAGGCAAGGUGAGGUUGCAGGGUCAGGAGAGGGGGAGGAAGGGGAAGCUGGCUAUUGCGGCGGACAUGUAUGCGGUGACGCCGUCGUUUCUGGUGGUUGAGGUGAAGAAGGACAAUGGUGACACCUUGGAGUACAACCAGUUCUGCAGCAAAGAGCUUCGCCCUGCACUCAAGGACAUAGUGUGGAGGACUGAGACUCCAACACCAGCUUGAAUUUUCAAGUUCAUUGAACUGAACCUUCCUCCUUCACUGAUUGUUGUCUUCUAGAAGAGAGAACUUAGUUGUUGAUUUAAUGUGAAUUACUAUUAAUUUUCUUGUUUAUGGAAUCAUCAGUGAUUGUUUCUUGUUUCAAUUCUCAUGUUCUUGUGGUGUUUUGGGUAGAUUUUAUCUUAUGUGUCAUUUGAAUUGUUGAACAUCAUGGCCAAUUGGACUAAUGAAUCAAGGUCCAGGGCCUUUGUUGUUAGUGGGUCACAGGUUUAUUAGUCCAAGGUUUAUUUGUCAUGUUGUUUUGUUUCUGUUCAGAGUGUUGUUGUUAUUGUGGUGUGGAUAUUGUGCAAGUGGAUUGGUGUGACUUACUACUGCCUA